AUGGCAAUGCCGCCGCGACCUCCGGCCAUCGGCACGUGGGGGGCAUUCUCCUCGAAGCCGGCCGCCCUCUUCCGCGCAUUCUCCUCUACCCGUUCGGCGAGCGACCCUCCCCGAGAGCCACCAUCCUUCCACGCAGCCCAUGCUGGCCAACGGGUCGUCACCCCCGCGCCGCCCGCCCGCGCUCCGUCGUCGACCAGCGGCCUCCUCUCGAUAGGAAACGACAACAAUGACCGGUACAGGCGCAGGAACGGCUCCGAAGGUCCCGACGGCGCCCGCUCCCAGCGAGGCGAUGCCGCCAGCCGUCUCCUCAGCCGCUACAAGGGCCACGCCGAAAAUGCGCUCAAGGCCAAGCAGGCGCAGCUUGAGCUCCUCCGUAACCAGAAGAACUCGAAUGACUACCUGAAGCAGAUGCCCCGGCGCUGGACGGCCGGUGAUGUCUAUUCACCCCACGACCUUAGCCCCGUCGAGAUGCAGAAGUGGCGGCGGAGAUCGAAACGGAACAACGACGUCGUCGAUGCCUUGGGCAUUCGGCCGCUCGACAUGUACAAGAACUUUUCUCUCAUCCAGGAAUUCACAUCCACCUCUGGCCAGAUCCUGCACUCGUCCAACACGGGCCUCAGACCCGUCAACCAGCGCAAGAUUGCCAAGAUGAUCCGCCGCGUCCAGGGUAUGGGCAUAUACCCUACCAUCCACGAUCACCCCGAGAUGAUCAGGGACGAUUUCUUCCCCGAGCGGAGAGGCAGCCUCGGUAACCUCAUCAUCUAG